AGGAGAGUCCGCAGUUCUCCACGGGAAGAACAAUAUCCUGCUACCCAGCACUUGUCUUGCUCUCUAGCUAGCAUCUGUCACUCCUUGUAUUUGGUUACACAACCAUCUCCUAUGCAAAACAGUAACACGUGUCUCGGCGUGGUGUAAAAAAGCCUUGUUUACCUCAGCAAAACAACACGGAAAACUAUGGAUAUAGAAUCGACAGUCUCAAGUAGCUAGCUAGGUAAGGUUAGAUCUAUUUUGUGAUACGAUUAUUAGGAUGAGAGACAUUUUAUACAGCUGAAAACGGUUAGCUAGCUCCGACCGUAUCGAAAAGGUUACGCAAUCGGGACAGUGUGUGCAGACGAAUUGAUGUUAUUGCUUUACGAAGUCAAGAUGUGUUUGUCUUACAGAAAAGAGGAUGAAAAGAACAUGAUUAGCACCGAUGGCCUCUCUAAAUGCGAGGCGACCCGGCGCGAGACGGGGAAAAGGCCACUGGGGGAGAUGCUGCGCCUUCUGUCCGCUGUCAUUGUCUGGCUUGUGACGGGGACGACGAUCUCCAGUCUUAACAAAUGGAUAUUUGCCGUGUACAACUUCAGGUACCCCUUACUGCUAUCGGCCCUGCACAUGUUGACAGCAAUAGUGGUGGACUUUUGGCUUAUUAAACUGCGAAUGCUCCAGCACAAAGGCGGUGUUGACAAGCAUAAGGACCUUACCAACAGCGCCAAAUGGAAGGUGUUUCUAUUGAGCUUGACAUUUUGUGCCAGCAUCGCGUUUGGCAACGUGGGUUUGAACUACGUCCAGCUGUCAUUUGCCCAAAUGAUCUACACCACCACGCCAAUCUUCACCCUGGCCAUUUCCACCCUGAUCUUGGGCAAGCAACAUCACAUCCUCAAAUACACGGCCAUGAUGCCCAUCUGUCUGGGAGCCUCGUUCAGCAUUAUGGGCGAGGUCCAGUACGACCAGACAGGUUGCUUCUUCGUAUUCGCUGCGACAAUGUUGAGAGGUGUCAAAACCAUCCAGCAAAGUGAGUAAAGUCCCAGCUGAUACCUUUUAUAACUCAUUUAUGAUUGUUCUUAUGUUGCAUUUCUGAUGGGUGUUGACAUAUAUUUGUCAUCACUUUUUAACAUUUUAACUGUAUAACUGUGGUAGGCCUAAGCUAUUAAUGUAUGGAUGUUAUGUUGGAAUAAAACAGAAUGGCCCUGUGUACUUCAAUACUUUCCCUUCAAGAGAGUGGAAAAUAUGGCCCAUAAACGAAAUUCUCUGACAUCAGUGUAUAUUUGGUGUUCCCUCCAAUCCCAUGGUCAUAUUAAACUUCCCACACCGCAGUCAGGGUUGGAACAUUUUCCUGAUGCUCUGAGUCACUCCUCAAGUGACACACCCAGUCUAGCUAGAGGUGGUAUGUUGCCUGUUGCUAAGGAAACUUUCAAAACUACUGACAGAGUUUACCCAUGGAAAAUGUAUCAAAAAGGACUAAUCCCUGCCUGGUAAACAGGUUGGAGCCAAUGUUCCCUCUAAUUUGUUUCAUCACUGAGCAAAUUUCAGGUCUGAUGAGUGCAAACUUGAACGUUGUGAAAAUUCUGUCCAACUUCCGGCUCGUGUUUACUGUGAACACUGAGGCUGUACCCACUUUAAGUUAGUUUUAACGGUGGUCAAGUAGGCUACUGUGGCUAUUUGAUCAUAAUGUAGGCCUAUCAGUGGCUUACCAUAAAAAACUAUGGAGAAAAUGCAUCCCAUAACAUUUUAACAUGGAAUUAGCUGUUCUAUCGUUCAGCCUACAGUAGCAGCCAAUGUGUGGUGUUCAAUGUAGCCCUACAUUCCAUGAGAGUUUUUGAAAAAAACAUGCAGGGCUUGACAUUUAAACUGUUUAUCCGCUUGUCCAUCAGACAAGGAGGUGACUGAAAAUGUUGUUGUGUUGUUUGAUGUAAGAAACCACUUUACAAAAUAAAAUGCAUAAUUAUUCCCAUAGGCUACUUAGCUUAUUCAAGCCUGUCUCAAAAUACAACACUGCCCCUUUAAGAGAAAAAAAAAAAAAGAAGCUCUUUACCUGACUGGCUUUUCAAAGAUGUCUAGAAAUGCACAGUUUUGUGCUCUUGUAGGAAGCAAUCACUCUCCCAUUGCUGACUACAAAUGAUCUAUAACUGGGCUAAUAACUCACUAACUAGCAAAGGAUAUGAACAAAUGUGCACACGUCGCGCUACAUGUAGCUCUCGCAUUGAUCUCAAAACAAGAGCACCUAUUCACGACUGCUCAUGCUGUAAAAACAGUCCAGUUCAAAGUUAAUGGCACAGAUCUAUUUACGGCUAUGGUCUGUUUGCAUAUAGGCCUACUACAGCUCUGAUUGGUUAUGGCGCACCGGUCUGUGUAGAGUACAGGCCUGAGUCCUGUCUAUCAAUGCAAUAGAAUCCUACUGUGUUCUGCCUACAACAAAAUCUCUUGCAUGGUUAGUUUUGCAUACUAAGUCUUGCAUAGUUUGUUUUGUUUCGGUAUGUUGCAUUGAAAGUGGCUAAUAUUGCAUUGAUUCGAUCACAAUUCCCACAGUAAAGGGAAACGUUGAUAGUGUUAACUAACGGGGAAAACUCUAGAAAGUUGAGUGAAGUUCAAUCUUGUGCUUCUCUGCGAACGCUUAUAUUUAUUCUGUGCGCAGUCCCGGGGGGAGCUGCGCACGCCCUAGCAGGCGCCCAACUUAGAUGGAACAAUGGUUGGAGCACUCAAAAAAACACGCAGAGAGCUCCAACCUGUUUACCAUAAAAUAGUCCUAUCACUACAGUACAUACUGUCAAGCGCAGAGGCGUACCUGAACUCUUUAAAAAAAUAAUAAUAAUAAUUCCAUCCACUUAUGAAUACCAAACGUAGGUAAGGAAUCAUGGAGGAGUUCUGUUUCCCCUAGGAAUUGAUGUCAGCUGGGGUUUGUUAUGUUGGCUUAAGUGGUGUCCUAGUUACAAUCAUCUGGUCAAUGUCCUAGCUAUGUUCAGAGAAGGAACAAUGUGUAAUUUGAAUCCUGGUUCGGUAUUUGACUAGUAUGAACUUGUUCAUAUAUUUGCUGUAGACCUACUGGUUUUGUCAGUGUACAGCGUGUACUGUACAGCGCUGUAAUGAUAAUGAGCAUGCUAGUCUCAUGGUGUGAAAUCCACUCCGAGUUAACAAACCUUUGACAUUUCCAUGUUCUGAAUUUCCUCCUCAUCACUCAGAACCACCUUCCUGAAUUGCCCAUGUAGUUGGAUGGUGUCAUUUUGUUUGAGCAUGCUCGUAAGGGGCUCACUUGUUUACGUUGUAUGACACAUAUCGGUGGUGCACCUGUCUCUUAUUUUGCUACAGGUUGCUCACUCCCUAGGGAUCCAUGCAAUUAUCUGACGUGUUACGCAAAAAUAACACAUCACAAUGGCAUGAAUGUGGAACUACUAGUGCUGAGCGAUUACUGCUUUUUGAGGUCUGGUCCCGGUUAUUCAAAAAUAAUCACGGUUUUUGGUUUUGAUAGUUAUUUUUAAACAUUAAAUGCAUUAUGAAAUAAUCACAUCAAAGUUAUUUUAGACCUUUUUAAUGGAAAUUCCAAAGCCAAAAAUAGUGAACAUACAACUGCCAAAACAUUGAAAACAUUCAAUUGUCUCUGUCAGGUCCACCUUGGUAGACAGCAAAAUAACAUUUUGAAAUUAAUAUGAAAGAAUACAAUAUUUCAGUUGUGUAUACUGCUUUGUUUUUAUUUGAUGACUUUAUUAUUUUUCAUUCCUUAAAGUCAUCAUCUCAUCUCUGCUCAGGCAGUAGCAGCCAGCCAGCCAGACAACCAUCUAAUGUUAUCUCUGUGCUCCCCAUACUGUGCUGUCUUUGAGCUAGUAGCUGUAUUCUGCAGUUGUCUGAUGAAAUCAUUUUACUAGUUCUUCAAAGUACAUAAGACAUAUUUUCAAGACCGCUUAUUACCAACUACUAAAACUAUCCACCGGGUAGAGCUACCUCACUAACUGUCUCUAUCCCUCUCAUCUUGUGUUGUGCACAUUCUUCACUCAUGCUGUAUCUGUGUAGGCUAUCCGUCUCUGUCCGAGCCAGGAAGAACAGGUGCAAUGGAUAAUGGUCAUUGUAGUUAAUUACCAUGUUUCUGCGCUGAACUAGGUUUAAUAUUUGCUUAAUGAAAACUACAGGUCCCUUCAGCCCAGCGUCCCACAUAGUUCUUCACUUAAUGGCUGCGUUUGAGAGCAUCAAAACCGUGAUUUAUCAUGGGUAAAUUCUGACGGACUGACUGAUCUACAAAUAAUAUAUAAAAAAUAAAAAUAAUUGUAGAGUGCAUUUCCCACUCUCAAUGUGCAUAAGGAGAAAAACAAAAACAGCAACAAUACAUAAAGUAGAAAAAACUCACAAUAGACCAAAACAUAACCUACUAAUGCAACAUAUAGACUUUAAGCAGAUUAAGCGAUCAAACAUUAAAAGCUAGCUGGAAUAGGUCAAUCUUUAGUUGUUUUUUAAACGAGGAAAUUGAAGCUGCCUCCUUGACAUGCACAGGUAGAGUAUUCCUGCCAAUAGGCCCUGGCAGCCACGCCGCACAGGUUUGUGGCUGGUGUGACCAGGCUGUUUGAGUCUGACGAUCGUGCUGGGGAGUACUUCUCAAGAAGUUGGCAUAUUUAUAUUGGUGCAUUACCCUGGAGAGCCUUAAAGGUAAGCAGCAGAAUCUUAAAUUUGAUCCUAUUUUGAACAGGAAGCCAAUGGAAGUUGAAUAAAACAGGAGUAAUGUGAAGUAUGUGAGAGCAUCCUGGCAGCUACAUUCUGGAUCAUCUGGAGUUGAGACAGGAGCCUUACUGGGAUUCCUAUCAGCAGUGCAUUACAGUAGUUAAGUCGAGAUGUUACCAGGGUAUGCACAAGCUUCUACGCAUCCGCAGUGGACAAGAACGACCUGAUUCGAGCGAUGUUACUCAGGUGGAUAAAUGACACUUUCUUGAUGUUGUGGAUGUGUGCUUCAAAUGAGAGGCUAGAGUAAAGAAUGACACCAAGGUUUCUGGCUGUGACGGUGUCAUCAUCCAGAGAAAGAGAGAAAGGAUUAAUCUUACUCUGUGCACUCUUAGAGCCAAGUACAAGCUCUGUUUUGCAGCAAUUAAGUCGUAAGGAAGUUCAAAUGCAUCCAUCUCUUGAUUGCAUCUAGACCACAGGAGGCUGCUGAGGGGAGGACGGCUCAUAAUAAUUGCUGGAAUGGAGUGAGUGGAAUGGUAUCAACCACAUGGAAACCGUGUUUUUGAUGUAUUUUGAUACCAUUCCAUUGAUACUGUUUCAGCCAUUACUAUGAGCCCGUCCUCCCCAAUGAAAGUGCCACCAGCCGCCUGUGAUCUAGACAGUCUGUCAGUUUGGUUGUAACAGUCUGAGUCCCCUUUUGUCCUCACAUAUAUUUGAGUGUCAUCAGCAUAACAAUGAAAGUUCAGUCCAGAUCUUUGUAUUAGUAUACCAAAUGGCAGCAUGUAUAUAGAAAACAGGAGUGGCCCCAGAACAGAGCCCUGUGGGACCCCUUGAGUGACUGUGGCAGGGUUGGAUAAUUGCCACGUGUCACAAAGUCUUGUCUGUCAGUCAGAUAUAAUCGAAACCACUAGAAUGCUGUGUCAGAGAAUCCAAGCAAGUUCGUUAGUCUGCUGAUGAGAAUCUCAUGAUUCACUUUGUUGAAGGCUGCUGUCAUGCCCAUAAAUAACUAUUGAAUAGUUAUUUAUGAUGCAAUGUGAUUUGUAGAUUAACCAGUCUCGCCUUUCAAGUCGGCUGCAAUGUUGAACGGGCCCAAUUUGUCUUGUGAAUUAUUUGAUUUCUCUCUUGAGAAACCGCACGUUGAGCUCUCCAAAAACUACAGUGCUGUACUAUAUGAUUGUUUAAAUUGUUUUAUUUCUGUCUAUCCUCUCUUAUCUUCGUAUUUAAUCUCAGCACCCAGAACCAAAUCUUGUGUUUGCGCUAUAAUGUUUAAUUUGUCAGGAGACUACUUUGUAUUUGACCACUACGUGUGAAGCCUACUUUUGUGUGUGUUCUGUUUCUCUCUAUGUAGGUUAUAUUUAAAUGGUUUUAAAAAAAUGUUUGUGUCUCAGGUAUCUUGCUCCAGGAGGAGAAGAUCAACUCUGUGUUCCUGCUCUACCUGAUGUCCAUCCCCAGUUUCUGCAUCCUGGCCGUAGCUGCUCUUGCCCUGGAGAACUGGGCCGUGCUGGAGUCUCCAAUGCACUAUGACCACAACCUGUGGCUCUUCAUCCUGCUCAGCUGCCUGGGCUCAGUCAUGUACAACCUGGCCAGCUGCUGCGUCAUCACCCUCACCUCUGCCGUCACCCUGCACAUCCUAGGCAACCUGAGCGUGGUGGGCAACCUGCUGCUCUCCCAGCUGCUGUUCGGAAACGAGAUGUCAGCGCUCAGCUGCGUCGGCGUGGCGCUCACGCUCUCCGGCGUGCUCAUCUACCAGAACUCUGAAUUUAUCUCCGACUACAUGGACGCACGGCGAGCCAAAGCCAGGGAGCUCAGCCGAGGGAGUGAGGAGGACAUCGCUGGCCAAUCACAACCGCCCCCCCAAGACCAGCAGGAGAGGAUAGAUGCCGAUGGCAAGCGAGAGGACAAGAGAGACUGAAAGAGAAGAAGAGAGGGGUGAAUAGGAGUUGGACUGUUUACAGCAACCCUGUCCUUCGGGUUAGUUAAGUCAGGUGGUUCUGUGGAGAGGAUCAGGAGAUGGGCUUCGACCUCAUGAGGUCAUAGUUGAUGAUGAUGACAUGAGUGACAGAACUUGUUUGGUUGGGUCGUUUUUACCUCUUCACUGUGCCAAUGUAUUUAUUUCUGCCAUGGUCUCAUGGAACGAGAAGUCAGUCUAGGCCAGCUGACAAAAAAAUCUGAUGCCUUUACGAAAGUGACAGUUGAGUUUUUACUGUUCUAAUACCCAUACAUGCACACAUACUGGUAUAUGCAUGCAUGAGCACACAAACAAUGUGAUAUAUCUAAUGAGGUGUCACUCGCACUACUCCACUGUGAAAAUGUUCAACAUGAGUGAGUGCUCAAUGGGAUGUUGGGAGGGAAGGACUAGGAACACUCCUCAUAUGGAUGGGCAAAAAAAAA